UGACAACAGCAUAAAGCAUGACGUCCCAUAGCAAAACUCGCAUACACAAUCCGUCCGCGAAUCGCCAAGCAGCGGAUUUUCACCGUCCACGUUUUUACACAGAAAACUUGUAUUAAUCUGACGUUUGUGACAAAUCAACAUGUAUAAGCUUGACUUACCGAUCGAUCUGAAGGAGGCAGCCGCGAUUGAGCGGAGAAGAAACAAGGAAUUGGAACGCCAAAACAGAAUUUUCAACUCCAAAGUUCGCACAAUCGGGAUUGAUGUUCAAGCCAUCAAAGAGCAAGUCCAUGACAGAGGUCUGCAGGAGCAAAGGGAACAACAUAGACAUGAAGCUUUUGCCAGUGAUAUGAUCCGCAACGACAAAAUUUCUGAGCUCCUAACACGCCGACGAGAGCAAGACCAACACAACCUCAACAAGGCCCUCAAUGAGUUCCGUGAUUUACAUCAGCAGCCAGACGCAAGACGGGAAUGGGAUCUGAACGACCCGGAGGCCAAGAAGAAAGACAAGCCCGCCCGAGUAUCCGACGACGACCCACGCUGCGGCAUCUCGGGUGCUCAGAAGUUCGACGGGGAGGACCUCAACUCCAAAGCCCGCCAGAAGCUGAUGCAGGAGCAGAUGAGGGAGUGGACACGGAGGCAGGCCGAGGAAAAGAAGAGGCAGAAGGCUCAUCAGAAAGAGGCCGACAGAUUGUAUGACCUGCACCGGCGGGAGGCAGACGAAAGGGCUAUGGCUCUGGCUACGGCUGAAGAAGACUGUCGCCGAGCUAUCAAUGAGGCUAUGAGGGAUUAUAACAAAUCACUGGCUGAUGAACAGGCCGAGAAAGCCCGCCUAGCAGAGCAGCAAGCGCUGGACGACAAUUUCACCGAGAUGGCCAACCAGGUCAACGGGGACAUGCUGACCGAGAACCCGGACGUGGCCGAGAGUGCCUUCGGCCCCCACCGCGUGAUCACCGACCGCUGGAAGGGCAUGUCCCCCGAGCAACUGGAGGAGAUCCGCCGCAUCCAAGAGCUGCAGAGGCAAGAGAAGAAGCGCAUCAAGGAAGACGAGGAGGAACGGGAUAAGGAGUGGGAGAAACAACGGCUGUUUGAUGCCAGGAGCGGUCUGCUGAUGGAGAGGGAAGGGGACAGAAUCAGGAAGGGACUGGAGAAGGAACAGGUUGCUUCCAACACCAGACUUGCCGCCGAACAAAAAUCAAAUCAAGAGUACAUGGACAGUGAGGUGUACACCAACAGACCAACGGCGGCAUACUUCCAGCAGUGGAACACAACAAGCCGGUAGAAGUAG